GAACAAGAACCGGGGGGUGGGGUUUAUGGAAUCCUCCGGACGGAGUCCUACAAAACACACCCACCAGACUGACCAGUUACAAAACAGAUUGCUACCCGUGUGGGCUACCAUCAACACCGUCGGUCGGACCAUCUCCUGCGCGCAUCGACUUGGCUCACACAACAUGAACGACGAAUACCAGUGGAUCGACCGUGGCUACGGUAAAAACAACGUGAAGAUCUUGCACGUGCGGAGGGAAGGCGUCGUGCAUUCCAUCAAGGAGUAUGAAAUCAACACACAGCUGACUCUCAACAACGACAAAGAUUACAUCUUCGGGGACAAUUCGGACAUCAUUGCUACCGAUUCCCAGAAGAACACCGUCUAUAUCUUGGCCAAAAAGCACGGAAUAGUUUCCCCAGAAGACUUCGCUCUGCUUCUGUGCACUCAUUUUUUGAGCAAAUAUCCGUACGUAGAGAAGGCGAAGAUUGACGUUGACGCUUACCCUUGGCGCCGGAUCGUGUCGGAAGGGAAGGCCCACAACCAUGCCUUCCUCCUCUCACCUGAGAUUCAACAUACUUGCACUGUCUCCCAGAGGAGAGGAGAGGCUCCGCUGCUAUCAACGGGACUCACGGGGAUGAGAGUAUUGAAAACCACCCAGUCAGCGUUCGUGAAUUUCGUCGACGACGAGUUUCGUUCCCUCCCGGACAUGAAGGACAGGAUCUUCUCCACAAUCAUCACGGCAAGCUGGCAGUACAACACCGUUGACGGCGUCGAUUUCGGCAAAAUUUGGGCGAAUGUGUACAAACUAGUAAUCGACAAAUUUGCUGGUAAUCCCGAUACUGGCAUAUUUUCUCCCUCAGUUCAGAAUACCAUCUAUCUCCUCCAAAAGGCGGCGUUGGAUGAAAUCCCCGAGAUUUCGAAGAUCAGCGUCACUAUGCCCAACAAGCAUUACUACACGGUGGACCUGAGCAAAUUCCCCGAAGUGGGAAGUCUGGAAAACAACGAAGUCUUCCUUCCCAUGGACAAACCCGCAGGGAACAUCACAGCUGUUCUUGGAAGAGCUACGAAGUCAAAACUGUAGAUAUCGUUACUUCUGGGCUCUUGAAAAAGUUGGCAAAUGACCAUGCACAGUAGGCGUAAGGCUUCAUUGUUAAAUAGGAGUUUGUUGUUAGGUAUCUGCUUUCAGGUUCGAUUUAUUUUACUGUGAUCCAUCUAUGUGUUGUUGACCCGGGAAUAAAGUACCAAUUAUUAUUACAAGGUGAAAGAUUGUUGAUUUCGUCAUCCAUGUUUUUUAUUUUUAUUUUUUUUAUUUUGAUACUCACUACAAUUUGCAGCAAGACCGACUAAACGAACCAUAGAACAUUAUAAUUCAGAAUAUCCAGGAUCUAUAAAGCAGUUCGAGAAGACAGCACAAGCUACUAUGUUGCCAUACAUAGUGUUUACAAAGUCAGCCUCAACAACAAAAAUAUCAUCUUGGUCUUCACAGGUUAUAAGAAAUUCUGUUUUUGAGUAACCGUCCAUGAUGAAUCAUUCUCUGUCAAAGGAUAUUCAAUUCUUGUCAAAAGAAAAUUGAGUGCCAAUGAUGAAUUAACGGGUGACAUCAAACACAUUACUAGGCUUCUGUGAAGUCGACUGAUCACUAUAAUUAUAGUAGAUUAUAUUAGUCGAACAGUUAGAAGUUAUGGGGGGAAAGUGAGGAAACUAGUUAGAAAAGAAGAGAUUCAGAGAUAGAACUCCUUGUUUAUUGCAAAGUUACACAGCUUGUACAACUCGAUGAGUUCUGUUCUCUAUCAGUAGAGAACAGUAAACAGAAAUUGCGCCUUGUAGAUAAUAAUAUUUGAUCAGUCCGUAUACGGACUCGCUUGCUGGUUCUAAUGUAAUAACUCACAAAAAUGAAAAGUACAAAAAACAGAGGGGGGCCCUGUAAGGCAAGUUGGUGCUAUCCGUCGUUAAUGGAUGGAUAUAAUGAUUAUAGUUUAAGGGAACAAAAUAAUCUUGCUUUGCUAAAACCAAUCGAGCUGAAAUAAUUUCUUAACCCAUGCCUGUGCAAUGUGCCUUCAGUCGUCCGUGUUCAUAAUAAACCAAUUUAUCCUUUAUGCAAUCAGA